UGGAUACAUGGUGGCUAGCUUCCGUUAUCUAUAAUAGUUAGUGGCCAUUGUUAUUUUAACCAUAUUAUCACCUGAAAAUCAAAAUUUUCCUCUGCAGAACUAAGUUUUCUCUCAAUCAUGGCUUCCACUGCUCUCUCUCCCUCAGCUCCUUCGCAGCUGUGCUCUAGCAAGAGUGGAAUUUUCUCCCCUACACAUGCUGCUUUUGCAAAAACAGCAAGAACACCCAAGGUGAUCAAUCACAGAUCAAUGAGAAUCACAUGCCAGGCAUCAAGUGUUCCUGCUGAUGAUAGAGUUCCUGACAUGGGUAAGAGGCAGCUCAUGAAUCUGCUUCUUCUGGGUGCUAUUUCUCUCCCUACUGGAUUCAUGCUGGUUCCUUAUACCGCCUUCUUUGUCCCACCUGGGACGGGAGGUGCUGGAGGUGGCACCGUAGCAAAGGAUGCAGUUGGAAAUGAUGUAAUUGCAGCACAAUGGCUUAAGACUCAUGGCCCUGGUGACCGAACCCUCACUCAAGGAUUGAAGGGAGAUCCCACCUACCUUGUUGUGGAGAAAGACAGGACUUUAGCAACAUAUGGAAUAAAUGCAGUGUGCACACAUCUUGGGUGUGUGGUGCCCUGGAAUGCUGCUGAGAAUAAGUUCAUCUGCCCCUGCCAUGGAUCCCAGUACAAUGACCAAGGAAGAGUCGUCAGAGGCCCUGCUCCUCUGUCACUGGCCUUGGCACAUGCAGAUGUUGAAGUUGAUACUGGGAAGGUGGUGUUUGUCCCAUGGGUUGAGACAGAUUUCAGAACUGGAGAUGCUCCUUGGUGGGCUUAAUAAAAUUAACCUAUAUAUUGUGUGAAUAUGAUGUAGAGGUAACAGAAGGUGUCAGCACAGCAACAUCUUCGAACAGUUAGCUAAUCUAUAUCUACCUUAUUAUGUGCUCGUCCUACGUUUGCUGUAUGGAGCUACUUGAGAAAAUGAUUAUAUAUAUUUCAGAAAUAUUGAAGGGAA